ACCCCCAUCUCGCAUGUAGAGUGACAGCGUCCGACCCUACUCCCAUCAGACUUGCGACUGCAGUUUCAGCGCUUGCAGUACAGGCAGUACUUGCUGGCUUGCAACUUUCUCUCUCGCUCGCUAUCUCUACCUCUCUCUCUUUCCCCUCCCUUAGGAUACUUUGUUUGACGGGGCAGCGGUGAAGUCAGAGUGAUGUCACUAUAAGGAUGCGGUGCCUUGCAAGGUGAGAUAGGCUUUUUGGUGAGUGGUAGGCUAUCCUCCACGGCCAGGGUUGCCCAGCAAGAGAGGCGCGGAGCUGCAAAACAUGGUCAUCAUCACCACCACCACCACCACCACAAGUUCUGUCGCGCUCUCUCCUUUUUCUACUCCUCUGAUCUCGGGCUACCGUUUCAUGCCCGAAGCCCUGAUCUGCCUUCCAAAAAUAAGCCUCUACCACCAUGCCGAAGGAAGAAAAACAAGAAGAGUGGUAUUUUUAGGGCCAUUAAUUUUGACCACGUGCCCCGAAGGUAAACCGGAUGGCCAUUGCGCAAAGGUUUCUCAUCAGUAUGUCCUACGAGGCCAGCACGCACUGGACGUUGACUGCGAUUGUUCUUCUAGGAUUCCUAGUUGGGAUUGUGUCAUCAUAUCCGAUUCCAAGCAGGACUAAUGCAACUUUAUUGGAGAAAAGAUGGGAGACUCUAUUCUCCCGGUCCAUUCUGGGUAUCUCGGGAGAGAAAUCGGACAUGAACUGGGAGAGUGACUAUUUGCUGGGCAUCAAGAGAGUGCGGAGGCUGUACUGCAACGUGGGCAUCGGGUUUCACCUUCAGAUCCUCCCAGACGGCAGUAUAAACGGUGUACAUAAUGAAAACCAGUACAGUCUAAUAGAGAUCUCUACCGUGGAGCGAGGAGUGGUUAGCCUGUAUGGCGUGAAAAGUGAGCUGUUUCUCGCAAUGAAUAGCAAAGGAAGGUUAUACGGAACGCCCGUCUUUCGGGAUGAGUGCAAGUUCAACGAGACCUUGCUGCCAAACAACUACAAUGCCUAUGAGUCCUCCGUUUACAAGGGCUUCUACCUUGCCCUCAGUAAGCAUGGCAGAGUGAAGAGAGGCAACAAAGCCACCACCGCCAUGACUGUCACCCACUUCCUCCCCCGAAUAUGAGUGGACAUAAACAAGCUUUGCAAUAAGUCACUGAUUUGCACAUGUGGAUGUUCUCCCAGGUAAUAGCUACAUACCAGAAUGCAUAUAUACACACAACUAUGGAUGGACUGGAAGCAACACUAUAAUUAUUGGUAUUUAUUCUCUCUUUAUAUAUGUAUAUUUGGAUAGCUAACUUUGUAUUAGACCUUCUGUAUAUGCCAUCCUUUGCUGCUUUUUUUCCGUUUUAUUUUGUAAUUGUUAUUAUUGAUUAUAGAAUUUUGUUUUUCGAGGUUGUGCCAGCCUCUUGACUUCACUUGGGUGCUUGCCAUAACUGUCAGAGUCGGAGACUUUACCCUUGACAUUGAGAUGACUGAUGUUCCCUCAGCUUUUAGAAGUGAAGUGAUACUUUUUAUUACCUCAGAAAAAAAGAAAAAAAAAAAGAAGAGCCACAUGUCUGGAUUAAAAGGAUGCAUGAUGUUUUUUGCAGAUAAGGAAUGCCUGUUUAGUUUUUGUCUCCUCGUGGCUAAAACCAUACGGCAGAGCGCCGACGCCUCUGCCCCCGCGGCAGGAUUGAAGUUCUUUUUUCAUGGAAGCGGCGGGAGACGUGAGAGCACUUACAUGCAGAGCCCCCUUUUUUUGCUGCAUGCUGAGAAGGUGCCUUGGCAUUCCCUUUAACUUGCAUGCACGAAACGCCCCAGGCAGUCAGAAAUAGGGCUGACAUGCAAGCCAGCACUCACUCGGGACUCUCCAGAGUGGGUUAAAGGGGGUGGGGGAGGGAAAGGGAAGGGAACGGGUUGUGGGGGGGGAAAGGGUUGGGGUGGGGAGGUUGUGGGGAAAGUAUCUCUGGUCUAUUUUCUAUUUUCCUCUAAUUAGAUUGAUUUGGUCAUUGAGACUCUGGCUUGGACAAAGACCAGAGGGGCCUUCAGCCAUGGGUGCUGACUGGUAAAGGCCCCCAGGGGGGCAAGCGAAGGGAAGCUCCCGAGAGGCCUGUCAGGAGUUUACACUCUCGUCCAGCCGUCUCCAAAGAAGGCCACUAAACAUGGCGGGACGGUCUCUCUUUUCUACCGAGCUUGUGCAAGACUUGCUUUGAAGUUUUACCACUCGCCGUCCACUCGCUGUCCGCGUUGGGUAUUUUUUAUUUAUUUAUUUUGUAAAAGAAACAAAGAGGAAAAACAAGGACUUUUAUGCAAGCGCACAUUUAAAAAAAAAAGAAUCUACAUAUAAAUAUAUUUAUCUAGCCCAUAAAUGGAACCACUGCUGGCAUUGUACCCAAAAGCUUCUUAAAUGUUUGGCUGAAUCGAUGGGUAAAAUGUAACACUGCAAGCUUUGUGCAUUUCUGUGGAUGAGAGUGUCUUCCGAAGCAAUGUAAAACCAUGUAAAUAUUGAUGAUAACACCACUCUGUCAAAAAAAAGAAACACUAGGAGUUUUUACAGUGCAAUUGUGUAUUUCAAUUGAUUGGAAAUGGCAAAACAUGUAUCAGGUUGCACAAUGUAGCCACCGCAAUGGUUGUAGAUACUGUAUCCCGAUGGGAAUGUGUGCUGGACGCGUGUUUUCAUAGCGUGUAUUGUGUUUUGGUCCUUGAUAGAGCAUUUAGAAUGAAGGCAAGUCCAAGUGUCAGCGGGGUAACACUGCAUUUCUAGGCGUUGUUUCUGAUGCUUAGAACGAGGCCUGUAGCAAAGCAGUACAGAUUACAGACAGCGGCUGGAGAAGCCAUCGUGCUUGAGGGUGUAGCUGAGCAUUUUCAAAUUGUAAUCGUAACUUGAGUGUAGGCACCGGAAGGAAGGACAGCGCCGCUCCUCAUAGAUACUUGUGGUUUUCGGCUACCGCUGUCAACUUGAAUCCAAAGGCCACCCAUUCCAUCCCCUCCACUCUGCCCUACUGCACCCCGUCCCCCCCAUGGCCUCCCUCCCCUAGACCCCCCACUCCCACCCUACAGAAUAGUUCUCUUAAGAGAAACACAGAAGGAAUGGGACUAUUUUAAUCUGGAAAAAGACUUAUGGGACGCUGUCUGCUGCCUGCUGCCUGCUUGUUUGUUCAAUCCCCCCGGAAGAAUGCGGGUCCUGCCCGGAGGGUGUCGAGGGGGACAAGCCGUCUCUGAAAUACCUGAGCCCUCCACCAUUGCUCCAGCCACCACCACUAUCAACCAUUCAGUCACUUGCUUCUGUAAAGGGCCACAGUCGACUGAGGCCUUGAAAUUCCAGCAGUAACCCAGGAGUGUCCUUUCCUGGUUUAAUCCAUUUUUAGUUCAAGGUCAGAGCCAUGGGCAAGCCCCGACCCUGACUUGUAAGCAGGACUGUCUGUGCAAUUCAUGUUGUCCCGGGUCGCAUCUCCUCGCCCCCCCUCCCCAAACCCCCACCCAACAAGCCAUCUGCCUGCCUUUACAUCAAAACUUACAGUGAUGCAUUUACUUUGGCUGACAAGCAGGGAAGUGCAAGAGUUGUAAACUAGAGUGAGUGCAAGUGUAGAUGAGGUAAAUGGAUAUAGGUUUGUUGGAUGAUCAAGACAGGGCUGUUUUAGGCCUCUUGCUGCACUGUGACACCAUUUGCCCAGUAGCUGUUGAUAACCACUGGCAGCACUUUCAUUUAGAGUCUUCGGUCGUGAUACUGUAUGUGAGAGGGAAAUCAGCAAAACUGUUACUGGUCUUCCCCCCACAUUUUAACGAUCGGUAACACUGGUGCACAUUCUUGACAUGGUUUGAAAAUGUCAAUGUCAACCUCUCACAUCCCAGGCUUGAAUAUAUGUGAAGGGGACAACUGAUGCAUACAUGAGAAUGCGUUUAAAAAAAAAAAAAAGCUGAAUCAUUCUGAGCCUCUUGAGAUGUGUCUGCUGCAUAGCACUAUCUGGAGCUAAAGCUCUACACAUAAUGAGAGCUGACCAGGCUUUAUGGCAUUAAGUCCAUCAACAAGGUUUACCAGUCUCUUGUAGCUAAAUCAAGUGCUAAACUUGUAGCUUUCUCCCCUGGCGUGAGUAUCAAGCGAAGGCUCUGUAAUGCCAGGAUUUGUUUAACUGCUGGCGAUGAUACUGACAGGCACAUACGGCAGGACUAGCAAAGCACUGCAUUAGAUUCCACUGCUUUACAGCUGAAGGACAGUCUCUAGGUUAAGAAUCUCUAAUUCCAGCCUGCAAGGAAACAGCAGAGAGAGAGGGAUAGCCAGAUCAAUCAUCACAUGACAUUGUCGGCAAAGGCUAUGCUGCCUAUUAUUUUUCUUUCAUUCUACUAAUGCCUUUUCAAACUAUUUGAUUAUGCUGAAGAGAACGGUGGGACAGCAGAGAAAACGGUGACUUGUGUCCCAAAAUAUGGGCACAAGAUACACUUAAGCAGAGCCGAUUCAGCCAUGGCAAAGGCAUCUGAACCAUCGCACAAUGAAUAUGUGAACCUUGGGGAACGAAUGCGAUCCCAUGUGUUGAUGAGUCCGGCUCAUAGAUUUAUCGCAACAGCUGUAAAAAUGUUUAUUGGGCAUGAAAUAGAAGGCUUGUUUCCUGACUAAGUCAGGACAGCCAUGGCUUAAGAGAAGUGGGGACAGCUCACUUUUUUUGGUGUGGUGUCCAUACCACACGACAGUCUCUGCACACUACCUAUAGUCAUUGCAGGGGAAGGGUGGGGAGUGUCUGUGACACACUAAAGCUUUCAAACUUGUCUGCAAAAGCUAUGAGCAGUAGACAUUCUCUGGUCUGAGAAACAGCUUGCUAUUUUGUAAUGUGACUGCACUUGGUACAAAAUAGGGAUUUUUUUUUCUUUUUUUGAGGGCCACUUUGGAAAAAGCUGAGGGCUCUCUCUGUACGAAAGAGACUUCAGGAGUAGUACAAAGUGAUUGUUAAUGGAGGUGAUCAAACACACUGUUCAUUUAUUUGAGUUCAUGUUAUGUCGAUCCAUGCGGGUGACAGGACAACACCCUCAUGUAAGCACACACUUAACAGGGUAUAUACACUGACAUUGACCUGUUUGUGUGUUCCACUGAGACUUCCCACAUAAGUCAACAAGAGUUCUGGAAGGUUCUGGAAGGUUCUGGAAUGACUCCAUUUUCCCAGAGAAAGAAAGUUACAAGGUUCAUGGAAUACCACUUGACAACUACGCUGGCUAGACACCAAAAUGUAGUAGACUUUCUCACUCUUGGUCUUUGACUGACACUAGCCGUCCGUAACAUCUUACACACACAUAGCAUUACUACUUUGAAAUGUGGGGGUUUUCAAACAGUUGUCUUUCCUGUUUUCCAAAGAAUAACCCUGUGAGAACUUUGUUCAAUUUGGUUCAGCCAUGACUCUUGCUGUGUUAUGAGAGAAAUCUUCUUUUAGGUUUAGGUGUUUCCUGUGUGUGUGUGUGUGUGUGUGUGUGUGUGUGUGUAUGAGUGUGUGUAUG